UAAGAUUGUUUUACGCUUACUUUUGCUUCUGACUAUCAUGCUCCUUGAGUUCCACGCAAGUGAAAGUUUGAGGACGAACUGUACACCAGUAGCCCAUAUAGAUGUGCAUCUAUUUGUGGAGUUCGUUCAAAUAAACUGUCACGAGAUGGUAUGGGACUACGGCCGGGCCAAAAACAUUCACCACCACUAACGUUGCUUCACCUCCGAGUUUGUUCUAAGCAAAUCCUACCACUACCAGUACCAGGCAGCUACGUGGUUAGCGAGAAACUAUUAGCCAGCUAGCUAACCCGGAGUCAUUGUAAGCAUGUGGAGGAAGGCUGCAGCCGUUGCCCUUUUGGCUCUUGCUGUGGGGUACUUGUACCGCUCCAGACCUGAUCUACCGGACCAAAUGAUCCAGUACUUCCUGCCCCUGCUACAUCCAUCCCCCCACAGCGAGCCCAGUUCACACACCGUGGAACAGGUUAUCUCCAGUGCCUGGGAGGUCAUGAUAACCACACCUGCUAAACAAUGGGGAAGAGUGGCAGUUGGGGUAAAUGCAUGUGUGGACGUUGUGGUUUCUGGCGUAGGGCUGCUCCAGGCUUUAGCGCUGGACCCCGGCACAGGCCUUGAUCACCAAGUGUUGCACUCCAAAGAGGAGCUGCGGGAAGCCUUCAUCCACUACAUGGGGAAGGGGGCAGCAGCUGAGCGCUUCUUCAGUGACAAGGAGGUCUUUCAGAGGAUCGCACGGGCCGCUGCAGAGUACCCUGGGGCUCAGCUUUACGUGGGUGGAAAUGCUGCUCUCAUCAGCCAGAAACUUGCUUCCCAUCCAGAGCUGAUGGUUCUACUGUGUGGUCCUGUGGGACCUAAACUGCACGAGAUGCUGGAUGAGCAGAUCGUCGUGCCUCCUGAGUCUCUUCAGGAAAUGGAUGAAUAUCACCUUAUUCUGGAGUACAAGGCAGGGGAGCAGUGGGGUCAGACUCGGGCACCCCAAGCCAACCGCUUCAUCUUCUCCCAUGAUGUUUCCAACGGGGAAAUGCGUGCACUGAAGACGUUUGUGGCCAGCCUGGAGGAGUUCCAGCCAGACCUGGUGGUCCUCUCAGGCCUGCACAUGAUGGAGGGGCAUGGGAGGCACAUCUGGGAUGAAAAGCUCAAAGAGGCUGUGGCUUCCAUCUCUGAUGUACGACAUCAAGUCCCCAUCCACCUGGAGCUGGCCAGCAUGACGGACAAAGACUACAUGAACCGUGUCAUGCAAGAGCAGGUCGUACCUAUGGUCUGCUCCAUCGGCCUCAAUGAGCAAGAGCUGCUGUUCCUGUCCCAAGCUGGAGCAGGACCUCACUCAGAGAUGACCUCCUGGAACGGGAUUCCAGACGUUGGGCGUGUCAGCGAUAUCCUUCUGUGGAUCCUGGAGACCCAUGGGCACAGCGACCCUGAGUCUGAGGCUGACCUGACACGCAUCCACUUCCACACCCUGGCUUACCACGUCAUGGCCACGGUGAACGGCCACUGGGACAACCAGCCGGCCGCAGUCAUGGCUGGCGCUCGCAUAGCCAGCACCCAGGCCUGUGGUCUCCAGACGGUCGACGUCAGCAAGGUAGUUCUCAAAGCCCCACUGGAGUUCUAUAGCUCCCACCAUGAGCCUAGGGAGAUCCUAACUCUAAACCCAGGUGACCCUGUCACCGUGUGGCGCCGUGGCAACGUGACCUUGUACCUCACACCUGUGCUGGUUUGCAAGGAGCCACUCCGGACAGUGGGGCUCGGGGAUGCUAUCUCCGCAGAGGGACUGCUGUACUCUGAAAUGAGGCCGCAGCAGCCUUUUCUAGAUUAGCGCUCCCUUAACAACAAAGUCUUCAGUCGCCUCAGGGCUCCUGGGAUUUGGCUCAGUUUGCAAUGGUUUGUUUUUAAGCAAUUUGGACAAACACAAACUGCACAAACAUGUACUGUGCCUUGAUCAAGAAACCCACCCCCACCAUGCUUCCCACAUUUCAAAGAUACAUUGAGUAGAACAUUUAAGCUAAAAGGCUGUUUGUGUAUCAACUAUAAACACAUAUAUUGCAUAUUGUGUCAUAUUGCAGGGUUUCCAAUAAUGAGAAUAAUUUCAACUCUUAAUUGUGUUAAAUACAAUUUCCAGUACUCCUCUAAAUUUGACCAGCAUUAGGCUUAUGUUAUCUCAUUACAUUCAUUUGGCAGUUGAACAAGUGCUAUACAGAGCACAUCUAGGCCAACUGAUGAUAACCUACUAAGACUUGACAGUCAUUAAAUUACAAUGAAGAGAUUAUUUAAUUAAAAAGCAUUACACAAUUAUUAAACUACAGAAUGUCUCAAUAGAAGCUGAAAAUGUGAUACUGUUGUGGGAGGGGUUGGUCUUGUUAUCAUGGCAUGUAAAUAUGCAAAACGAUGUUGAUAAUACUGUAUAGGUAAUUAUAGAAGUAUCAUCUAGGACAUAAACAUCAUCCUGUUUGUGCUUCCUGUUCAAGCUGCAUGCAGGUCUUGCCACAUUUUUUUUUUCUUCUUUUUUUGUCACAUUCAUAAACUACAAAUAAAGAAAAUGAUGACAGAGGAGAGCAGUGAUCUACCCAACCUUGAAAGAACUCCUAACAUACAUCUUUACUGUAGGUUUACUUUGCAUAUAUUUGUAAGCUUUUCACAAAGCUAAUAUAUAAGGUACAUACUGUAGUGUAGACCCUUCAGAUAUACUUCAAAUUCUAUGCAAAAUCCAUAAUGGACUAAAACUGUCUGGACAUAUGCAGGAUUGUACCUUUUUAGAUCUGCAAUUUGUGUUAUCUCAAAAGGCAGAGAAUUACCUGCAAAUUAUUUUAACAGAUGCAAAUGAAAUACUCUUCUUUCUGUUCUCAUAAGUCAUAAAUACUCCCAACGAAUACCUGUCCUCGUGAAUAUUGUGUAGAAACAAUGUAUUCAUAUGAUUAAUUUGUUGCUGUCAAAGAUUGCAGAAACAUGAAAAAACAAAAAACGUUUUUAAUGCAAAUAAAUGCUUAUAUUUUUUUCUCGUGAACCAUCCAUUUGAAUCACUCCAGAACUAGUGUGCCUACUCAUCGAAAAUAUAUUUCCAUGUGACAUUUAUGUUGAAAGAUGGCAAAACGCAUCUGAGGUGGUCAGAAGGUUAGUUGGUUAAAAGGCCAACUCAAGCCUUUAUUUAAGCAACAGCAGCUGCCCUGGCAGGACAACCUAGGCUUUGUACAUUUACCUGAUAUGGACAUUUACUUGAUAGCCAUUUCAAAAACUUUACAGUACCAUAGACUAUUUCUGUUCCCAGUGUUCCUCAUCUCAUUUAAUUGUGUUUGAUGUAUUAGGCGUUAGUAUAUUUGAUUCUCAAAACAUUAUCAUAUCAUUGACAUUCAGUCUUUUAGCUUGUGUUGUUAAUGUUAAUGCAUGAUUGUAUUUGGUUGGUGGAAUGUCCUCCAACAGAUUGGAGAAAGUAUAGGAUCAUUGUUAGUGUCAUAUGGAAUCACAGAUCAAUGGAUCGUCAGAUUGGCUGUUGCACUAGGGAGUCUUAAUAUAAAGUCUGGAAGAGAAUAAUUGUACCUCCAUUCCUGAAGAUGAUGGCAGUCUUAACUCAGAUGACAGCUUGUCUCUUAUCUGAGACUAAAUCUGUAGGGACAUUUUCUAUCGGAAUUGAGAUUUAGUGAGCACUAUGUUAAGACUUUCUUACUAAACAAAAUGUUUUAACUAAGUUACCCUUUAAACAUACAUGGUGGUAACCAGCCAGUCUUCAUGUGCUUACACUAUAUGAUUAUAGGGAAUAAAACCUUUCUUCUUUUUUUUUACAGAAGAAUUUACCUAUUGUACUGUUAGGAUAAAAAAUGUAAAGCAAAUAUGGUUUUGGUGGGGGGUACCUUUUGUUUGUAUGAUGUUUGUCCUUACAUUCUGCAAUAACUGUUUACCAUGAGCUAACCAUUCUCAUUUUGUCAAGAAGGCAGACCAAUUCUGAUUAAAAGUACUGGUAAAACUU